ACAAAAAAAAAAGUUCGUAUAGUUAUUAAAUUAGUUAACAGCUUGUUUAAGCAGAAAGCAAAGACUUAACAACGCUUCAAAAAAAAAAUCAAUAUCCGUUUUAAAUCACGAUCAUAAGAAAAUUGUUUAUAAUUUUUUGCGUAAAAUCUGACGAAUGAACAAUCACAAUUCAUAAGCCAAGUAUUUAAAUGCCAGUUUCAAAUAUUUUUAUUCUAAAUCCAAUUAAGACGGAUUGUAACAUCGAAAAACAUCGCGUUUGUGUGAAUGUAUCUGGAAAAAAGUAUGAAACCUACGAGAGUACGUUAGCUAAAUAUCCCGGAACGUUGCUUGCUUUGCCUCAACGAGAGCUCUUUUUUGACAGUUUGAAUGGUGAAUACUUCUUUGAUAGAAAUAGAAAAGCGUUUGGUGCUAUUUUAACUUACUGCCAAACAGGGUUGCUUGUAAAACCUCCGAGUUUAGAUGAUAGAAUUUUCGCUGCAGAGCUUAGAUAUUUUGGGUUUGAAUCCGAAAGCGAAGCUCAUAUACCUCCAGUAAGAGAUGAAUCAGAAAACAGCUUGUUGCCAACUAACAAAUACCUCAAAUAUAUUUGGCAGUUCUUUGAAGCACCAGAAACAUCGUUAGGAGCCCGUCUGAUUUCUUUGUUUUCUAUGUCUGUUAUUUUGUUGUCAAUUGCUAUGUUUUGCAUAGAAACUUUACCCGAGUUUAAACAAGCUGUGUAUACAUUUAAUAAUUUAACAAAUAUAUCCUCUCUAUCAAGUUUCCAAACAAAGGCUGAAUUUGAGUCUUCUUUUUAUAUCGUUGAAUGUGGGUGCAUUAUGUGGUUUACAAUAGAGUAUUUGAUCAGAUUGUUAGCAUCGCCAAAAAAAGUUGUGUUUUUGCGUCAACCAUUAAACGUUAUUGAUAUUGUUUCGAUACUACCAUUUUAUAUUACAGCCUUUUUACAUUCCAGUAACAGUAACGUAGCAAGUCUUUCUAUUUUUCGAGUGUUGCGUAUUUUACGCGUGUUUAGAAUAUUUAAACUAUCGCGAUACAGUAAAGGUUUGCAAGUGCUUGGUUGUACUUUCAAGGCAAGUUUGCAAGAACUUGGCUUAUUGGCCUUUUUCUUGAUGAUCGGCGUUAUUUUAUUUUCAUCAGUUGCUUAUUUUUGUGAAGAAACAGAGCCAAAAACUGAAUUUCGUAGCAUCAUUCAUAGCUUUUGGUGGGCCAUUGUUACUAUGACUACAGUUGGGUAUGGCGAUAUAACCCCUACAACACUUGGUGGUAAAAUUGUCGGAUCUAUGUGUGUAUUGGUUGGCGUUCUUACGCUGGCUUUUCCUGUUCCCGUUAUAGUAAACAAUUUUACGUACUUCCGCAGCUUAGAUCAAACUCCCCUUGAACCAUUAGACGAGGAUUAUUUAGAAAUUCCUUUAGGAAAUGAAAGAAACUCAAGUACUGCAUCGAUUGCUACAAAUUCAACAAACUCAAUGCAGCUAAUAUAUAAAAAUUACCGCACGUUAUCGAACACAUGGAUUAUUUUGUAAAUAAACGUUGUUAAGGUGCUCCCAAAAGUCCUCACGGUCUUAUCACAGAGCACCGCGGAAAAGCAUUUAACUGGGAUGUUCACGCCUUCUUUUUUACCAAUGUUGCAAUGGACCUCUAAG